AUGGCAGGGAAUCCACAAACGCUCAGUGUGAUGGAUACCCAUGAGUUUCAUCCCGAUCCUCCUCUGGACACAGAGAGGCCAAUACUGUGUGCAAUUGUGGUUACUGAACCCGAAAGAUAUACCACAGAAGCUGCUGGAGUAUCAAUCACUGCCCGGGAGGCUAGUUUGGAGCUAAUAAAAUUGGAUAUAUCACGCACAUUUCCAUCCCUUUAUAUUUUUCAGAAGGGUGGCCCUUAUCAUGAUCUUUUGCACAGUGUCUUGGGAGCAUAUACAUGUUACCGACCUGAUGUAGGAUACGUCCAGGGAAUGUCCUUCAUUGCUGCAGUCCUCAUUCUCAAUUUGGAAGAGGCAGAUGCUUUCAUUGCCUUUGCAAACCUCCUGAAUAAGCCAUGCCAGCUGGCCUUUUUCCGUGUGGAUCACAGCAUGAUGCUGAAGUACUUUGCAGCAUUUGAAGUAUUUUUUGAGGAAAACCUCCCCAAAUUGUUCCAACAUUUUAAAUCCUAUAAUCUUACCCCUGACAUAUACUUGAUAGAUUGGAUCUUCACCCUGUACAGCAAGUCUCUACCACUUGAUCUGUCCUGUCAAGUCUGGGAUGCCUUUUGUAGAGAUGGAGAAGAAUUUUUGUUCAGAACUGGGUUAGGAAUUCUUAGAUUAUAUGAAGAUAUCCUCCUGCAGAUGGACUUCAUUCAUAUAGCAGAGUUUUUAACAAAGCUACCUGAAGAUAGCACCUCGGAGAAGCUCUUCCCUUGUAUUGCAUCUGCUCAGAUGCAGAACAGUAACAAGAAGUGGGCUCAGGUGUCUGCCUCAUUAAUGAAGGAUAACAAAGAGCUAGAAAAUGCACAGAGAAGGGGAACAAAAAAGGAUCAGGAUGCAAGAGGAGCUCUCUUGUAA